GGGAAAUCAGUCGUUCGGUUGAGUUGUGUGAAAGAUGACAACCGCAGCCAGGCCAACGUUCGAACCCGCGAGGGGCGGCAGAGGCAAAGGGGAGUCGGAUCUCAGUCAGCUGUCCAAGCAGUAUUCCAGCAGAGACCUCCCGUCUCACACAAAGAUUAAAUACAGACAGACCACUCAGGAUGCCCCAGAGGAAGUGAGAAGCCGUGACUUCAGGAGGGAACUUGAGGAAAGAGAACGUGUUGCUGUCAGAGAUAAGAACAGAGACAGACCAACAAGAGAGCAUACGUCUUCUGUGUCGAAGAAACCUCGCCUAGAUCAGAUUCCAGCAGCAAACCUAGAUGCAGAUGAUCCACUCACAGAUGAAGAUGCAGAUGAAGACUCUGAUGAAGACAGUGAUGAUGACACCGCUGCACUCCUUGCUGAACUAGAGAAAAUUAAGAAGGAGCGGGCAGAGGAGCAAGUCCGGAAGGAGUUGGAACAGAAAGCUGAAGAGGAGCGAAUCCGCAUGGAGAACAUCUUGAGUGGAAACCCACUGCUGAACCUCACAGGCCCUGCUGCCCAAUCACAAGCCAGCUUUAAAGUUAAACGCAGGUGGGACGACGAUGUUGUAUUUAAGAACUGUGCCAAGGGAGUCGACGAAAUGAAAAAGAGACAAGACAAGAGAUUUGUGAAUGACACUUUACGUUCUGAAUUCCACAAGAAGUUUAUGGAAAAGUACGUCAAGUAGUACAGUUUUAUGUGCUCCAUUUGGAAGACUGGUUCCUUUUCUGGCUGGAGGACUUUAGUUGGACUAGUCAUUGUUCUGAGUUCCCCUUCAUCCCGCUCAGCACCGUCAUGUUUCUUAAUUGCUUGUCUUUGUGUGCUCAUCAAUAAAUUCCAUUUGUUUUCUA